AUGUAUUACCUUAAAAUGUUAUUGUUUACCUUUUUAAUAAAUACAUUAGUAUUACAACAUUAUGAGAAUUAUCUAAAUAACCAUUAUAAUGUAAGUCUCAUUCAAAAUAACACCAAAAGAACAACGAUACAUUCAAGAUUAUUAGCACAAACGAAAAACCAUAAUCCACAUUAUCAUAAUGAUCCAGAACUCAAAGAAAUAAUUGAUAAAAUGAACGAGGAAGCAAUCAAAAAAUAUCAACAAACUCAUGAUCCAUAUAAACAAUUGAAAGAUGUAGUAGAAAAAAAUGGAACAAAAUAUACAGGUGGUAAUGAUGUAGAACCUAUGUCAACUCUAGAAAAAGAAUUAUUGGAAACAUAUGAAGAAACGUUUGGUAACAAAAGUGAUAUGUUGAAGUUGGGUAAGUACAAAAAUGAUGAUGACAAAUCAGAUGAUUCAUCUUCAUGUGGAUGUACUAAUAUUAAUAAUAUGAAACUAGCAAAAACCAAAGGAAGAGAUAAGUAUUUAAAACACUUAAAAGGGAGAUGUACCCGUGGUAUAUAUAUUUCUUCACUUACUACUGUAAUAUUAACAACGAUCGCUUUGCAUACUGCAAAAGCUGCUGCCCUUGCUAAGUUUGUUGAAUCUGCUAAAACGUGUGCGUCUUAUAUGACAAUAUUUAACAUGUUGAAUGCUGGUAACUUAAAUACAGCUAUUCAAGCAGGUGGUGGAAUAUGUACUUCUGCUUAUUCCGAUAUAGUUUUGCCUGCUGCAAAUGCUGCUUUGAGCGCAAUAUACCCCUGUGGUAUUGCAGCUUUGGUUCUACUUAUAUUAACUGUUGUACUUAUAAUAUUAUAUAUAUGGUUAUAUAGAAGAAGAAAAAGAUCAUGGAAACAUGAAUGCAAGAAACAUUUAUGCAAGUAA